UUACAGUAUGAUUUGAAACAGUCACCAUGGACUUUUCACGUCUACACACGUACACUCCUCCCCAUUGUCUGCCAGAGAACACUGGCUAUACAUAUGCACUCAGUUCAAGUUAUUCGUCGUCUGCUUUGGACUUCGAGACUGAAAACAAAAUAGAUCCAGUAUUUGAUUCACCGAGAAUGUCACGGCGUAGUUUACGGUUAGCUACUGCAGGGCUUCAUAAAUCAGAUGAUGCACGAGGUGAUAGCCUUCAUGACAGCUCCUAUGCCGGAAACACGUCCUUCAGAGGACAGUCUAAGACGGUGAAGGAACGCAGAAGUAUGAAUAAACAAUCUAGCAGUGCGAGACACACGCCAAGGAAAAAUCUCUCCAGCUCUUCCAUUUUUAGCCAAAGCAGUUUCAAUAGCCACGCCAGUGAUGCAUCCAUGGUAUCCACGGUAUUGGAUGAGUCUUUGAUUCGAGAGCAGACAGAAGUUGGUCAUUUCUGGGGCCUUGAUGACGAAGGCGACCUUAAAGGCAGUGAUGUCACCCUGACGCAGGGGAAUGGCGAUCUGGCAGCGGCAGAAACACAGACCACCAUGAUCAAUGGGUACACGUGCAGCGACUGCAGCAUGCUGUCCGAGCGCAAGGAGGUCCUCACCGCCUACUCGGCUCCUCGUGUGCCAACCUCCAGGAUUUACUCCAGGGACAGGAGCCAGAAACAUGCAGCUAGAGGAGCCUAUUUCUACACGAGUAAGAUUCUGCGAUGGGUCAGACAUGCUGCAACAUCUUUUACAUCACUAUUAGUGCAACUAUUUCAAAUGGUUUUGCUGAAGCUGGGUUAUGAAUUUAAAGCUCACUCAGACUACUGUGGGAGCAUGAAUGUAAAGGAGUUUUACAGAGAAGACAGCCAUCUGGGUGUCAGCGAGGAGUCAAUAUGUGAUGACUGUAAGGGGAAGAAACACCUUGAAAUACACACCUCAGACCACAUGCAAUCCUCAUGGGCUAAAAGGGUAGCAAGGACCGUAUGGCACACCUUUUCUUACGCAGGUUACUUUAUGCUUCACGUGUUGCAAACGGUGGGAGCCACGGGCUGGCUGGUGUCUCAGAAGGUGGUGUCUCUACUCUGGCUGGCCAUUCUCUCUCCAGGGAGGGCAGCUUCUGGCAUGUUCAGGUUGCUUAGAUCUGGGUGGUACCAACUUGUUGCUCUGAUGUCUUUGCUUAAGGUGUUUCUUCUCAGAAGAUGCCUGCCAAAGAUCUACAAGCUAUUACCGUUUCUUAUCCCACUCCUGUUUUUACUAGGUAUAUGGUUCUGGGGGUUUGAUGGCUUCCUUUCAUUAUUACCUUCGUUGAACCGGACGAGAAUUGAUAGAAUCCAGAGAAUAGAUGACUCUGUUCGUGUUCCCAAACCGCAGCCUGAUUCCUUUCACUCUGUGCAACCCCCAAAGGAUACCAUCAGUAUCUUUGAUUCUGGUCGCAUAAGUGAGCUGGAAAAGCAAAUGGCCUUCGUGUCUGACAGAUGCCACCACCACGAUGAAAAAUACAGCGAAGUGAUGCUGCUGCUCCAUGGUCUGCAAGAUCAGGUUGCCCAGAUGGGUGACAAAAGUGAAACAUUGAAGCUAAUACAGAAUGUGAUGAGUCAACAUAUUAAAGAUAUGAAAUCGGAGCAAAAGACUGACUUCCUGGCUUUACAUCAAGAACACGAGUCCCGCAUUCUGACACUGGAAGACCUUCUUGCAAAACUGUCUGCUGAAUCCAAGGACAUUCAGAAGGAUCUUGACGUAACCAAAGCAAAGACAGUGAGGGAUGAUGAUGACCAUAGUCAACUCUUGUCCAAAGUUAAGAAGCUAGAACUAGAGCUGUCGCAGCUGAAAUCGGAGCUGUUGGCUGGGGAGAGCGUGAGGACGAGUUGUGAGAAAAUGGAUGUCAUUCAUGAAAAAGUGGGUGCACAGGUCAAAGAAUCUGUCAAGCUAAUGCUUUUUGGAGAUCAACAAGAAGACUUUCCCGAAUCGCUUCUCCAGUGGCUUACAGCUAAUUUUGUGAGCAAAAAUGAUCUGCAGACUGUGCUGCGGGAUCUGGAGCUGCAGAUCCUCAAGAAUAUCACUCUCCAUAUGUCUGUUACAAACCAAAAAGUAACAGCUGAAGUAGUAACAAACGCUGUGACUGAUGCAGGGAUUUCUGGAAUCACAGAAGCGCAAGUACAGAUCAUUGUAAACAAUGCACUGAAACUCUACUCUCAAGACAAGAUCGGUUUGGUGGAUUUUGCUUUGGAAUCAGGAGGUGGCAGCAUUUUGAGUACUCGCUGUUCUGAAACCCAUGAGACCAAAACAGCAUUAAUUAGCCUCUUUGGAGUUCCCCUGUGGUACUUCUCACAGUCUCCCAGAGUGGUGAUACAGCCGGACAUGUACCCGGGGAACUGCUGGGCCUUCAAGGGCUCCCAGGGGUACCUUGUGAUUCGACUGUCAAUGAAGAUCUACCCAACUGCCUUCACCAUGGAGCACGUACCAAAAGCACUUUCACCAGCAGGAAACAUCACCAGUGCUCCGAGGAACUUCGCCGUCUAUGGUCUAGAUGAUGAAUAUCAAGAAGAAGGCACGCUUCUAGGACAGUAUGUCUACGAUCAGGAUGGAGAACCACUGCAGAUGUUUCCAGUGAUGCAGAAAAGUGAAACAGCAUUCCAAAUAGUGGAGCUGAGAAUUCUGUCCAACUGGGGCCACGCAGUGUACACCUGCCUUUACCGGUUCAGAGUGCACGGGGAACCCGCCGAAUGAUCUCCCACACUACAGCCUGGCUUAGCUUUUCUUGUUGUACAUUUUGUUCUGGAUCUGUAUAUACCGGAAAGCCUCGAACACUGGAAUCUUUAAAGGACGAGGAUGCGAGAUACAUACUGCAGAACUAUUGAUCCUCUGAUAAAGGCAGAAGACUGUCAGCAGAACUGUAUAAAAAAAAAAAAUAAUAUAACUUUGAUUUGCUCUAAUGCUCAGUUUGUAACUGCCCGUUAGCUUUAUUUGGUGUCCAUGCUGAGAGAAACAAUGCAUGCGAGCUACUCUGGUCAUAGAGCCCCGCUGGCAAACAGGUGACACCUCUUUUAUUACAAAUGAAUGUAUAGGGGUGGUUGGUUUGGGGUUUUGUUUUCUUUUUUUUUUAAAAAAAAGAAUAAACCACACUUUCUGCAACUAGGAAUCUGUUUUUUUUAAAAUCCAGGACUUAACUGCAUACUUCUGUUAGCUGGGCACCAUAAGCCAAAACCUGUGGUACAUCUUAGAUGCUGACUGUGGCUGAGGGUGUCCUUCAGUUGGCCUUUGGUUUUGACCUUUUUGGUGGAUCCCAAAGGGCUUCUUUGAUACCUGUUGAAUAUAAUAAAUACUACUGUCAGGGAAAGUUAACACAACCAAAACUAAUUUAAACACCAGCGACUGAGAAUGCUUUACUGUAACUUGUGGCCAUGAGUUGCUCUAAAAGUCAGGGAUAACUUAAAAGUUAUUUUAAGGGUUUUUACUGUAGCAACUCAGCCAGUUUGUUCUUCAGUGUUAAUUCCAAAUCGACCUUCAUGUACUACCUGGAUGGGAGCUGUAAACAUUGUUUAAUUGCUCUAUACUAAUCCUAAUUUGUCAAAAGCGAUCUCUUUGGGGCAAGAAUUCUUUAGGCUGGUUGGUUGUUACGCUUGGUAAAGGCUGUACUGUGAGAACACCGCGGUGGUGGGGGAAGGAUCAUCCCGGGGGGAGAGAGGCCAUCAGCACCCGGCUGCUCCCCAAAAGUGUCCACCCAGAGUGAGAGGAAAGUGCCCGUUGUCCCCGGGGAUUGCUGCUUCCACCAUCCUUAAAAAAAAAAAAAAAAAAAGAUUCCUGGAAUGUACUUGUCUACAGAACUUUUAUCUUUGCCGUUCUAAUGCAUUUUAUAACAGGUGAACUGUUACCACAUGGGACUGCUGACUGGUUUCUCAAUAGUUACGUAUGUUGCACAACAGUCCUCGAAUGUUUAAAACAAAACAAAAGUCUCCAUGUGAAGAACCUUUUUUUCACUUGACGUAGAGACAGACCCUAUGGCCUACGCGGAGGAGCUAGAUUACACGUGUACAGGUGUUUUCAUACUAUAGGUUACGUAUUUAAAAUUAGAGUUAUCCUGUAUAAAUUGAAAUUAGGUAGCUGGGGUGGGAAUAUUUUGAAUAACACUAACUUAUUUUUAAAAAAAAAAAAAGCAAGAUAGGACUUUGUGCAAUGUAUUUUUGUAAAUGCUUUUCAAGAUGUCUGUUAUCCUUUGCUGCCUCCAAACUGACAAAAUGCUAUUGAGAUGUUUAAAUAAAGAGUUUUAAUUUUUGAAA